ACAAACCGACUCUGUGAGAGUGAAACUGGACUAUCUUGCAAAAACACUUUAAGCAAACACACCGCUCAAUGGAAAGCAUCUGAUAAGGGCUGCUGCACUUCUGGCGGUGCGGGCAGGAGGACCUCGGUGCUCCCAUUAGGUCUUCGGCUUCGCUGGGGCUGUCUCACUCCUCUCACCGGGGGAGACGCCAUGUCCACGACCCUCUGCCAAGUGAUGGGGUUCCUUGUCUCGUCGCUGGGUGUUGUAGGGUGCAUCAUGUCCACUGCCAUGGAUAUGUGGAGCACGCAGGACUUGUACGACAACCCGGUGACGGCCGUCUUCCAAUAUCAGGGACUGUGGAGGAGCUGCGUGCGGCAGAGCUCUGGCUUUACAGAAUGCCGGCCGUAUUUCACCAUUCUUGGGCUGCCAGCAAUGUUUCAGGCUGUGAGGGCCCUUAUGAUCGUGGGAAUUGUCCUGGGCAUCCUUGGCCUCUUUGUGUGCAUUUUUGCUAUGAAGUGCAUCCGAAUUGGCACCAUGGAGGAUUCUGCAAAAGCCAAUAUGACUCUGACCUCUGGCAUCAUGUUUAUUAUUGCUGGUCUGUGUGCCAUCACUGGAGUGUCUGUGUUUGCAAACAUGCUGGUCACAAACUUCUGGAUGUCCACAACCAACAUGUACCAGGGAAUGCAGAAUGUCCAGAAUAGGUACACCUUUGGCUCAGCCCUCUUUGUUGGCUGGGUGGCGGGCGGCUUGGCCCUCGUAGGAGGAAUCAUGAUGUGCCUUGCUUGCAAAGGAAUGAUUCCAGAAGAAUCCCGUUACAAGGCGGUGUCCUACAACGCGUCAGGACGGAACAUCUCCUACAGAACAGGACCGUACAAAGCUGGCUCAGGGUACGAGCCUGACACGAAGACUAGGAAGGGUCCAGGGUAUGAAGAAGCUCCUCGGAGCGAGGAUGCAGGACGCUCGUACCCUUCAAAAUACGACUACGUCUAGCAGACUUCCUAAGCUUGAGAUGUGCUGCGUUUUAUAGAACGUUUUUCACUUUAGACACAAAAAGUAUACGCAAAUAAGGCAGACUGUAAAUAGGGUUUUGUUUUCUAUUGUUUUUCCCCUCCUCAAAAAUGGUACCCUUUUAUUCUUCUGCCUGUUGGCAUAGCCAUCAUGAGGAGAGCUGUAACAAAAGUAAUGUCUUUUUCUGUUCUUGAAAUACAACUGUUUCCUCAUGUUUUACAUAUAAACUCUGGCAGUCAGGACCAGGAUUCUGCCUUGUGUCAUCUACUAUUUCUACUAAUAGGUUUAAAUUCUUAUUAUUGAUGACCCUGAUAGAGUUUGUAGUCCAAACACAGUCACUUGGAUGCCUGUGGCUAAAAAGUACAUAAUGAUGUUGCAUACAAAAAAGCCUUAAGAAAUCAGGAAGUUGAAUCACACGCAUUAUGAAAAGCAGAAAUUAAGUUAUGGAAGUCUUAUGUAUUAUUUUGUUGUGUAUUGUAAGAAAACUCAGCUGUGUCCCUUUGGCUACAGCCAGUGCAUGCAGAACCAGCAGCCAUGGCAUUUUCCUCUCUGGCAGUGUUUCUAGUCAGACUCACCUUUAUUUUGCUGGUGGUACUACAGUGCUGAUCUGCUGUGAUAUUUAAUCUGAUUUAUGUUACUUAGACAUUUGCUGUUUCCCGUGAUACCAAAGUGUAUUUAUUUCUUCUGAUCUCAUUGGGGAAUAUAUAUAAUCCAUUGUUAUUCCUAUGCUAGAUAUUUGAUACAAUAGCUGAAAACCUCUGUGUGCAACCAGAGUUCCUGCAGAUGUCAUCAUUAAUGAAACCAGGAGAAUUUCUCAUUUAGAAUUAAUUAGAGUUACAAUUGAGCAGGAAUCCCAGGGAGCAUUAGAUGUGAAACUCUGCACUAACAUCUUUCUUGUGUUAUUUCUUCUCCAAAUGAUGUGAAGAUUAAGUCCUUAGUGAGAUGCUGCCUCUUCUAGCCAACCUGCAAGAGGGGAUGUUUAUUGGAAGGGGUCAGAAGAAGAGAGACCAGAGCUCUAGGAAAACAUCUUGGAGCAAAGGGCACUGAGAGAUAAGUUAGGGAAAAACAGGUGUCUGAAUCCUCAAAAGUAGACCUUCUGAUAGACUUCUGCAACUUCUGCUCUUGUCCCACUUGUUACAACAGUAAGUUGCCAGAAUUUGCUGGCAGAUUUGAUUUGGGUUGCUCACAUUCUGAAGGCAUCACAGAUAGAGCUGACAUUCCCUCAGUGUAUGACCUCUGCUAGGUCUCCCGCUCCAGCAAGCAUCUCCCGUGGCUUGUGGGACAGCAGAGUGGGCUGUCCUGCUCCACACCAUUACUCCUGGUGAGCACAGUCCAUACCCAUCAGCUCUCCAUCACUGCAUGGAGUCAUCUUCAGCACAGAUCCAGGAGGAGGGGAGUCUGAAUCUCAAGCAGCUCAGCAAGAGGGGGAGGGAGUGACACGGGCAGCAUGACCAGUGUGUGGAGAGAUAGGAAGAGCUUCUACCCAACAAGGAGGUCCUGGCCACAACAGAACCCCAGCAGGACUCUGGUCCCUGCUGCUACCUGGGUAAAUAACUGCCCCUGCUGGUGUUGGUGUUGACUCCUAUUUAGAGCAGAGCAUUUGUUUUAUGGAUAUGUUUUGAAAGGAGAUCGAUUCAGUUGUGCAGACGUAAAUCCUGUCCUCAUUAAAAAUACUUACUCUUUUAAGUGGAUUUUUCCCUUUUUCACAUUGUAGACUUAGCUUUUUUUUUGCCUUUUAUUUGCAUGCUGGAUUUUUUGUCUUGUUUUGUUGGUUACUUUUUUUUUUUUUUUUUACUUGAAUAUUAAAAAUAGAAAAUGCCUUUAUGACCUCAAAUUGCUGUUUUCAUUUUGUCAUGAACAAAAGCUGGCAGCUUUGCUGCUCAGCUAAACUUGUACUACGUAGGAUAGUUGGUCAACAUCUGCCCAACUUCAAGGGAGUAAUUAAACACUUGUAAAUACCUCAUUGUUCAUAGGAGGCCAAAAAAAUGGUUGGUAUGCUCUCACUUAUGCCAGCUUCUACUGGAAAGGGGCUGAAAAGCACAAGAAUGUUUAAUUUAGAUAGGAGACGCUUAAGUGGUGGUUAGGUGGAGGUACAUAAGGUAAUGAAAAAUGCAGAAUAACCAGGGGAAGAAAAAAAAUACUUUUUUCACUAAAGGAAAGAAAGGCACGCGUGCAAAAUUACAAGGAUGCAACUUUGAAAGUUAGAUUUUAUUUUUAUGCAAUGCAGAUACUCUGGCAAAGGCGCCGAGCUGACUAUCUCUCAGCCUCACUUAGAUGUGAUCAAGCACACAGAUGACAAGAUUGCAGGUAGGUGCACUGUAUGGAGUCACAGAGAGCUGAGACACAGCUGGUUCCUCUGAUUCCCGCCCUCAGUAGAUGUCUAAUCUUUCAGCACCAGUUUUCAUUUCCUUACCCUGGCUGAAAACAGUAUCAAAAAUGUUAAUGCAGUGAACUCCGCUGGAUAAAUCAAAUCCUGAAGAUGAGACUCGUGUACCCGUGUGCCUGUUUGUUAAGGAGCAGCACCCAAUAUGAUGGAAGCUCCCUCUCAGUCCUGAGCUGGCCAGGAGGGACCUGGUUUCUUGGUGGGUACCACCAUGAGUGGUGAUCUUUGUGCAUUGAGGGAGAACCAGCACCCAUAGCCACGGAGCUGCCUCUGCUCAGCAGAAAUCCCUCAGGGUUUUGGCGCCUUGGGAGGUGGACCCUAAUAUCUCCUUCCGAGCUGAUCUGUCUCCUGGAAGCACUGUGGCUGAAGCUAUCUGCUAAGGGAAAGCUCUCGGUGUUUGGUGAGGACAAAGUUCCAGUUUCCCACCAAACUGACUGGCUAAAUCCAUAUAUAUUUGUAUAUAUGCUGAACAUUUUCUAUUCGUGGGCUUUGAGAAUAAAGAGACAUUGAAAAACCCUCGAGAAUGA